UAUUCUUACAUGUGGCUGCUAAACACAUCAUCGACAAUAGUCAAAUUAAAAAAAACAAUUUCAUGUUUUUAGUUUUCAUUUGAAAAUCAAUCAAUCAAUCAUGUUCAAAAAAUUUGAAGAUACAAAUGUAUCGGGUGUCACGCAGCUUAAAUCAAGCGUACAAAAAGGUAUUAAAAAUCGAUUGGUCGAACAAUUUCCAUAUAUCGAAAAUUAUAUCGAUGAAAUUAUACCGAAAAAAGAAAAUCUUCGUAUAGUUAAAUGCCAAGAUCAUAUCGAAGUAAUUGUCAAUUCAGCUGGUGAUUAUCUAUUCUUUCGACAACGUGAUGAUUGUUAUUAUCCUACACUUCGUUUAAUUCAUAAAUAUCCAUUUAUUUGUCCAUUGAUGCAAGUAGAUGAAGGUGCUAUUACAUUUGUAUUAUCUGGUGCAAAUAUUAUGUGUCCAGGAUUAACAUCAAAAGGUGCCAUAAUGACUGAUGGAUUACCGGCUGAAACAAUUGUUACUGUUAUGGCUGAACAUAAACAAAAUGCAUUAGCUGUUGGUAAAUUGAAAAUGUCCGUCGAUGAUAUUGCCAAAAUUAAUCGUGGUGUUGCUAUUGAAAAUAUACAUUUUCUUAACGAUGGCCUAUGGCGUCUUAAACCAAACAAAUGAAAUAUUUUUUUUUUCAAAUUUAAAUUUUACUGUUUAAUUUCACAUUUUUCAACCAACAAGAUUUAUGAGAAAAUUUUUUCACAAUAUCAACAUUACAUAACAA